AGCUCCAGGACUUGAAAAUACUGGAAAUCUGUCCGGAUCCAAAUGCUUUUGCAAGCCAGAUGAAUAACCAGAGGGCAUGAAAGGUUGAGAAUGUUUGACUUCCCUGCAAACCUUGGUAUAGAUCACUUCCUUUUCUGUAGGAAAGGAAAAGCACCAAAGAGCACAACGAGUAUAAGAAAGCGUCGUGGUGGAGCAAUAAAUUCUAGACAAGCCCAGAAGCGAACUCGGGAAGCAACCUCCACCGCCGAGAUUUCCUUGGAAGCAGACCCCAUAGACUUCGUGGAAACUGCUGGAGAUGAAAUUGUGGACCUCACUUGUGAAUCUUUAGAGCCUGUGGCGGUUGAUCUGACUCACAAUGACUCUGUUGUGAUUGUUGACGAAAGAAGAAGACCAAGGAGGAAUGCUAGGAGGCUGCCCCAGGACCAUGCUGACAGCUGUAUGGUGAGCAGUGAUGAUGAGGAGUUGUCCAGGGACAGAGACGUGUAUGUGACUACCCACACUCCCAGAAACGCCAGCGAUGAGGCCGCUACAGGCCUCAGGCUCUCAGGUACUGUCAGUUGUCCUAUCUGCGUGGACCGAUACUCAGAGAUCGUGCAGAAUGGACGUCUCAUCGUUUCCACAGAAUGCAGCCAUGUCUUCUGUAGCCAGUGCCUCCGUGAUUCCCUGAAGAAUGCUAAUACUUGCCCAACUUGUAGGAAAAAGAUCAACCACAAACGGUACCGCCCCAUUUAUAUAUGAAGUAUUCAGAGGUCCCCAGGAGAGAUGGAUGGACAGACAGACAGCCAGGUUCUCCAGUGGUAUCUGCCCCCAUUUUCCUGAGCUCAAAAAGACUGUUUCAAAACUAACGUCUCAUAUGUAAACUGCUCUUUUGUUUCCAACCCCUUCCUUUUGUUAUCUCCAGUUUGAUGCUAUGG